AGUAGAGAACCCUCAAUUCAUGUAGGGAUCGGCCCCUCUCUCUGUCCUGAAAAGGUUGCAUAAGAGUUGGAAGGGUACAACUGGACAUGUGUUAGUUAAAUAGUAAUGUAAAGAGAGGUGAAUUUACUCUCUCUGCGUACUCAGCACGAGGACGCCGGCUCAAAAUGUCUGGGAAAGACUUUGAAUCGCUAGAGAAGGUUCUGGAGACAUAUGUACCUGAGGCUGAACGCAGAGAGGUCAGAAGAUUGCUGUUCGGAAAAGAGCUGAAGAAGCUGAACCUUCCCCAGAGUGCAAUAGAUGCUUCAGUUGAGCAAGAUUUUGAUCUGAAGGGUUAUGUGUUUGAGGCUUCUCCAGAGCAGCUCAGACCACCCAGAACUGUCCGUGUGGGACUCAUUCAGAACAAGAUAGUCUUACCCACCGAUGCUCCUGUGCUUGAACAGAUCAAAGCUCUGCACAAGCGUGUGGGGGAGAUGGUAGAUGUGGCGGCCAUGUGUGGGGUCAACAUAGUGUGUUUCCAGGAAGCCUGGACAAUGCCUUUUGCAUUUUGCACACGAGAGAGGGAGCCAUGGACAGAGUUUGCUGAAUCGGCUGAGGAUGGGCUCACCACACGCUUUUGUAUUCAGCUGGCCAAAAAAUACAACAUGGUGGUGGUGUCUCCCAUUUUGGAGAGAGAUGAGAUUCACAGUGGAACAUUGUGGAACACUGCAGUGGUGGUGUCCAAUAAUGGCAAUGUUCUAGGCAAAUCACGGAAGAAUCACAUUCCCCGUGUGGGAGACUUCAAUGAGUCCACAUAUUACAUGGAAGGGAACACCGGCCACCCUGUAUUCCAGACACAGUUUGGAAAGAUUGCAGUUAACAUCUGCUAUGGCCGACACCAUCCUCUCAACUGGUUAAUGUACAGCAUACAUGGGGCUGAGAUCAUCUUUAACCCUUCGGCCACAGUUGGAUUGCUCAGUGAACCAAUGUGGCCGAUUGAGGCCAGAAAUGCUGCCAUCGCAAACCAUUGCUUCACCUGUGCCAUUAACCGUGUGGGAACGGAGUUUUUCAAGAAUGAGUUCACAUCUGGAGAUGGAAAGAAAGCACACCAUGACUUUGGCCACUUUUAUGGCUCCAGCUACGUAGCUGCACCUGAUGGCAGCAGAUGCCCAGGAUUAUCCAGAACCCGUGAUGGCCUGCUGGUGACAGAGAUGGACUUGAACCUAAAUCGGCAAGUUGCAGACAAAUGGAACUUCAAGAUGACUGGAAGGUAUGAAUUGUACGCAGAAGAGCUCAAAAACACCAUUCAGCAUGACUUCAAACCCAACAUUCUGAAGGAGUGAGCUUGUAAGGAAAACCAUGCUGUCAUCUGCAAGCCAGACUCUGCAGAUGCUGGACAACCACAUUGUGUAUUAGGGAUAAGUCCUUGUAGCUCUACUUGAAUUUCAUAAAAUAACUGAUAAUUAUUAAUAAGUUCAUUUUUUAGGUCAAUAAUGGAAGGAUGAAUUCGAUUAAAAUACAAAUACUUUUAUUAAUUCCUGAAAUGCAACUAUAUAUUUCAUAAAAAUAAAGCUUGCCAUAUCAACA